AUGGAGACAGCAGUCGUCGACCCUUUGGCCGAGUUGCUGACCAAUUAUAACGAGCUGAACACCUCCGUUGUCGACGAGCUCUAUGAAGAGCCAAGCCCGCUUGAGUUCAUGAGAUAUGUCUCGAGAAACACCCCUUUCGUGGUGAGGGGUGGAGCAAGCGACUGGAAUGCAACCAAGACCUGGGAUCUGGGCCGACUAGAGAACCUCUUGCGCGACCUGACCGUCAAUGUCGCUGUGACUCCCAAAGGGAACGCCGACGCUCCCACAAGGAACGAGAAGGGCGAACUGGUCUUUGCCAAACCGUGUGAGGAAGACCAGCCCUUCUCCGACUUUGUUCAAUAUGUUGCGUGUCAAGAAAAAGAUGCUUCCUUCCCUCAGGACAGCGAGAUAAGAUAUGCUCAGACUCAAAAUGACAAUCUUCGCCACGAGUAUAUCUCUUUAUUCGACCAGGUCCAGCGUGACAUUCCGUUUGCCCGGAUUGCUCUGCAGAAAGAGCCCGAUGCCAUCAACAUGUGGAUCGGCAAUUCCCGCUCAGUGACAGCCCUUCACAAGGACAAUUACGAGAACAUCUACGUACAAGUUCAAGGGCAAAAGCACUUCGUCCUGCUGCCUCCACAUUGCCACCCAUGUGUUAACGAGAAACCCCUCCGCCCCGGGACUUAUGCACGGGAUGCGCAGGACGGCGGACUGCAUCUGGCCAUGGACGGCGGUGGAAACGGCGAGGCAGACAGUGUGCCGUUUGCAAUCUGGGACCCGGACCGUCCGGACGAGAAUGCAACACCUUACUCCAAGCUCGCGGAGCCAAUGCGUGUCACAUUGCAGAAGGGCGACAUGCUUUAUCUUCCUGCCAUGUGGUAUCACAAGGUGUCACAAUCAUGCUCCGAGGAGGGCAUAUGUGUUGCUGUGAAUUAUUGGUACGAUAUGGAAUUCAGCGGGCCACUUUAUCCUGCAACGUCAUUUGUAAGAUCAAUCAGCCUACAGAACGAUAGCGGUCUGUAG